AUGAACCCGCCUGCAAGCCUCCGGCUCACAAUCCACAACGUCUUCAAAUACGAUACAAUCGACAAGGACAUGGCGCAUCCGGAAAGGAACGGGGUAGCGGGCUUGCGGAUUGAAACUUCGUUUCGUCAACAAAGACCGGGUUGGAAAGAUGAUGAGGGGAGGAGAUCGACGACAGAGGGCGAUGGUAUCGAGAGCGACCACACCAAAACAUCUCAUGAUUACACCGCGCACCGCCGCGAUACUAAUCAGAGCUGCAGUGUGUUAAAUGAUUUGCAUUCAGCGACAAAUCCUAUCUCAGUCCCUCGUUCCGAAGGUCGUCCAACACAAGCAGACGACGACGAAUAUCCUCACAAGCCUGACGAGAUUCAGGGCUCGCCACUAGACAGCUACAUUCAGUCGUCUCGUCGGCCAUCUAUCUCUUUUAAUCCCAAAGUUUCCCUGGACUCAGGACACGAACAACCACUGGGAGAACCACUCGCCAAGGACGAACUGAAAAAUCGACCCCCGUUGAAAUUCGAGUCCCGGACCUCUGGCCUCCGGAACGCCCUUUCACAAGAUGAGGAUCAUCAAGAAAGUCAACAUGCUAAUUUGUGGGGGUGGGAGACCAAACGACCCCAAGAUCAGCGGGGUAUUCCGACCGGCGCUUCCCGCGCCCAAUCUGUCGUGAGUCCUGGUGAUGAGUCAACAGCCGUUGAAAUCGACCAUCCCACUUCCCUCACAUCGUUAUCAACGGCAUCACCAUCUCAAGAUGAAGUGCGUACGCCUCCUGGAAGUGUCAAAGACGACAUGUUAUCGCCUCUCUACAUCACCUCUCCGACUCAAUCGUUCGCAUCUCCUGAAGACCGUGGCUCAUCAUGGUCUGGAGGCUUCGUUACCCCUUUUGGAAGUAAGCCACGGAGUUCGACCCUAGAUCGCAGCGGCAGUCUGCGAAACUCGACUCGCUUCAGCUCUCGCCGUUCCACCAACUCGAGCGGCAAAUCUCCAGCCAGCAUGUUCUUGUCAAUGUGGUCUAACCAGGGCCAGAAUGAGGAACCAGCUGCUCAACCCGAUGACGAAGGUCAACUUGUGGGAACUGAUUAUGUUCUUGGCAAACAGAUUGGCUUUGGCGGCUUUAGUACGGUCAAAGAAGCUUAUAAAGUCGAGGAACAAGGCAAAACCAAGCGUCUUGCCGUCAAAAUUGUGAAGAAACAAGUGACAGGUCGUACCGAAAGAGAAAACGACGAUGUUCAAGCUGAAUUCGAUCACGAAGUGCGAGUUUGGCGCUACCUCAAUCAUCCUCAUGUUUUGACCCUCGACUCGGUGUAUGAGACAGAUUACGCAACCUUUUGCUUUACCAAACUUGCAAUCGGUGGAACUCUGUUUGACUUGGUGAGACAAAAUCGCCAAGGGCUUGAUUCAGAACUGGCAAAGAAGUACACCUACCAGCUUGCUUCUGCGAUUCGUUAUCUGCAUGAAGACGCUCGAGUUGUUCACCGCGACAUCAAACUUGAGAACUGUCUUCUGGACCCCAUCGAAGCACCUGAUGGCUCUGUUGAUUCGACCCUCGUUCUGUGUGACUUUGGAAUGGCUGAAUGGAUGGUUACCGAUCAUGGCGGUGACAGCCCCGAUCCCUACGACGAAGUAGCGGAUCGUCCUCCACCCAGUAAAAUGGGACCAGCAGGUUCAAGUACCAGCGUCGCUGGUAGUCUCGAGUAUGCAUCUCCCGAGCUGCUUCAAUCAUCUAAUGGUUUGAUCCACCCAUCAGUGGAUAUGUGGGCGUUUGGUGUUAUCAUAUACACCGUCAUUGUUGGAUCGCGUCCAUUCCAAGACUCAUUCGCACCACGCAUUCAGGCCAACAUCAUUCAUGGUAAAUGGAAUGAGGAUGCUGUUCUCGGCCAAGUCACCGACGAAAACUUGCGUCAAGAUCGUAAAGACGCUCUUGAAUUGAUCAAAGGUUGCCUGGACAUGGACCCCAAUAACCGAUGGGAUAUUCGUGACGUUCUGGAGUGCUCCUGGCUCCGCGAAGUUGCAGAGUCAUCUGAGGAGAACUCACCAGAAUCAAUAUGGAGGCUGUGA